AUGGGCUGUGCCACCGUUGUCAGCUACCUGCUUGUCAUUAUUCUCUUGAUCACACCGCGGACAUUCUACGUUGGGGGUCCGGGCGGCGGCGCCAACUUCCUGGGUCGCCAUGGGAUGGUCAGCGGGUCGUACAGCAAUAACUCGUCUGUCGUGGGUGUGGGUGGGCGUCCGUGGCUGCAGAAAGUCGCGGCGCUGCUCGUCGCUAUAUCUCUGACUAUAGCGACGGCUGAUUCCUUUCGGGUCGCUGAGGAACAGUAUGAUCACGGCUACUCGGACGCCGAGGCCCUGACGUCGGAGGUCAUUGACGGGACGGAAAUCAAGGUCGUGCGGAUCAUCUCGAGUACAUUUUUAUGGCUGGCGCAGGUGCAGACGCUGAUUCGGCUUUUCCCGCGGCAUAAAGAAAAGGUUAUGAUCAAGUGGGCGGGCUUUGCGCUGAUUGUGCUUGAUACGAUCUUUGCGAUUCUGGACAAGUUCUUGGUCAAGACGAAUACGACCCGGCCACGGCUCUAUGAAGAUGCCAUUCCGGCUCUCAGCUAUCUAUUCGAACUCGCCCUCAACCUGCUAUACGCCGCCUGGGUGAUCUUCUACUCCUUGUCGAAACAUCGAUUCGCCUUCUUUCAUCCUAAGAUGAGGAAUAUUUGCCUCGUUGCACUGCUAUCGCUAUGUGCAGUUCUCAUACCUGUUGUCUUUUUUGUUCUGGAUAUCGCGAAACCCGAAAUUGCUGGGUGGGGUACUUAUAUCAGGUGGGUUGGCUCCGCGGCAGCAAGUGUUGUCGUUUGGGAAUGGGUCGAACGUAUUGAAGCUCUGGAACGAGAUGAGAGGAAAGACGGGAUCCUGGGGAGAGAAGUUUUCGAUGGCGACGAGAUGAUUGAAGUCACCCCUUCCGAGGAGGUCGACUGGCCCCGUCAGCAGUUCCAUGGGCAUGAUCGUGGUGGAGGCACAGGGAUGUCUUCGGCUUGGGGAGGUGUGAUGGGGCUCGCUCAUCGGCCGUUAAGGCCCCGCGGAGGUCGGAAUGUACAGACCCAGCGUGAAGGCGAGGGCCCCGCGGCUGCGAAAUCACGAAAGCGAAGACCUGCCAGACCGACUCCGCCGCCGGCAGCUGUUACUCCUGUCAGUCGAGCUGACACGACUAGUGCCGCGAGCACGGUCUAUAAUGUGCAUUACUACCCCGUCUCGAGCCCCACGCCUCCGGUUGCCAUGCCUUUCAUGGAAGAAGAGGACGAAGGCUCCGAUGGCGAUGGCGAAAAGGAACUCACCGUGAUUGAAAACCAGCAAACUAGCUCACCUACCCAAAACACGUCCACGGACCCAGGGCGAGAGCACUCGCCACAGCUUGUAAACGUGGACAACCGAUGGCGGACCAUCCUCAACCCAUUCAAGAGCAGACACGCGGCUCUACCACGAGAGGUCGCCUCAGCACAAGCAGAAGAAGAAGGAUUCCUCUCCCCAGACGACCAACAACGCGAACCAGACGAAGAAAACCCGCCCCACCCCCGACACCGCGACUUCUUCUCCUUCCACCGAAUGUCGGAUUCCGCAUCAAGGCGCCAGAGCGGCGCCGACCAGUCGCUACCCGUGACCGUGAUCCCCGCGCGUCGCCGCGGCCAGCACACGUGGUCGCCGCAAUGGUUCACGGACUCGAACCUCGUCGACCGGUCUUCAAGCCGCCGGGCUGCGCCACGUCCUCGCGAUCAACGCAUGAGAGUCAUCCAACCGCAGGUCCAGAGCGCCGCUCCUUGGACGGCGGCCGACAUGGAGACCUCUUUCAGCUCCAUGGACUACGAGCUCCGCUAUGACCCUGAAGCGGCGGCGCUUGUACCAGAGGAGCCGUCUGAUAACUCUCAUCCUGCGCACGCCGAGAACCAGAUCCAGUCGGGUAUGUCUGGAUCUGGGGCGAACCCGUCGUCUGUUGAUGCUCUAACCGCGCCAGACGGUGAAGGGCAUGGCGGCCAGGAAGCCCCGACGCAGACACAGACACAUACUCAUGAUCCGCUGGAUGCUGGGUCUGGGUCCGGGCCGUCGCAACCUUGA